CAGGGGCUACUGAGCUGUCAUGGGGAACACCACCAGUGAGCGAGUGUCUGGGGAGCGCCAUGGCUCCAAGUCCCACCGCUCGGACGGCUCCGGUGCCCCCCACCCUGCCAAGGAGCACCCGCACAAGAUCAUGGUGGGCAGCACCGACGACCCCAGUGUUUUCAGCUCCCAUGACUCCAAGAUUCCUGGGGACAAGGAGUUUGUGUCAUGGCAGCCAGAUCUGGAGGAGUCGGUGAAACCAUCCCAACAGGCUCGUCCCACUGUCAUCCGCUGGGCCGAUGGAGGUAAAGAGGUCUUCAUCUCUGGAUCUUUCAACAACUGGAGCACCAAGAUCCCACUCAUCAAGAGCCACAACGACUUUGUCGCUAUCCUGGACCUCCCAGAAGGAGAACACCAGUACAAAUUUUUUGUGGAUGGCCAGUGGGUCCAUGACCCAUCCGAGCCUGUGGUCACCAGCCAGAUGGGGACGAUUAACAACCUGAUUCACGUCAAGAAGUCUGACUUCGAGGUGUUCGAUGCUUUGAAGGUGGAUUCCCUGGAGAGCUCAGAAACCUCAGACUUGUCAAGCUCACCACCUGGACCUUAUGGCCAAGAGAUGUAUGUAUACCGGCCUGAGGAGCGCUUCAAAUCCCCACCCAUCCUCCCGCCUCACCUCCUCCAGGUCAUCCUGAACAAGGACACCAAUAUCUCGUGUGACCCAGCGCUGCUGCCCGAACCCAACCACGUCAUGCUCAAUCACCUCUACGCGCUCUCCAUCAAGGUAAGGGCACCUGGCACGGAAAGGGCUUCACCCUACCCGUCUUCUCCAACCUGCGAGGGCCCGAGGCAGUCCUGGCGCUGCCCCCAGGCCUCCAGAAACGUGUCCUACCUGCUGAAGGUUGCUGUGCUGUUCCGGCAAUGA